AUGAAUGCACCAGAAUCCAACAACCCAUAUAUCCCGAAAAAGGCUCUGGAACCUACUCCAGCCCUCUAUGGCCAGCUCGUAGGAGACGGCAUGGAACAGCUCGCUGCUGCUUCGAUCUCCUGCAUCGACCUACCGUCAUCAGAGGUUGUCUUCCACGACGUUGGUUGUGGUCUGGGCGCAGCGACUGCAGCUGUUGUAUCCGCCUCCACUGACAGCAAGGUUAAGAUCAUAGGCAGUGAUAUCAAUGACAACGUCCUUAAUCUUUAUCGUCAGGAGAUCGCGAAGAAUAAUUGGCCUGCUGAAGCCGUGAAGGCGGACGCCACAGCUCUGGAAUUCCCGGAUGAGAGGUUCACUCAUGCCAUCGGUAACGCUCUGUUAUUCGUUCUUCCGAACGAUGGCAUCGACGCCGUGAAGGAAAUUCACCGCACCCUCAAACCAGACGGUGUCGCGAUCUUCAAUUCAUGGGCUUACACCCCAACCCUUCCCGCGAUCAUAGCCGCAUGCGAAAAGACUCGUCCAGCAGGGACACCUCUUCCACGCCAAGGACUCGAGAAGUGGGAAAACGGUAACUUUCUUCGCGAUGUCAUUAUCCAAGGCGGCUUCUCAUUUCAGAAUGUUCAGAUGGAAAAGAGGGAUGUUUUUGUCACGGUUGGUGAGCUGAAGCAUUUCGCGACAAUGCUGUGGAGUUUCAUUGGUGGAACUUCGAGUAUGGGGUGGUUGGAGUCUGAUGAGGAGAAUUGGGAUGUUGCUGUUGAUGCUGUUGUUGAGGCUCUGCAGAAGAGCGAAGGAUUCAAAAGUCUUGGGGAUGGUAAGAAUGUGGUUAUGUUCAAGGCGAACAUCGCAGUUGCGACCAAAUAG